AUGGAUGCCCUGAAAUCCGCCGGCAGAGCGAUUAUCAAGAGCCCCGGAGUUCCGCGGCACACAUGGGGAACUUCCAAGCACGAAAAGCUGCCAGAGAACUGGACGGACACCAAGGAGACUCUGCUGGAGGGGAUGGUGUUCAACGUGAAGUACCUGGGUAUGACUCUGGUGGGCCAGCCCAAAGGAGAGGAGAUGGCCUCGCCUGCCAUUCGCAGAAUUGUUGCCACCGCUAGGGCCAGUGCUAAGAAGUUUCGUAAAGUAACAUUGACGGUCUCACCGAAGGGCAUCAUCAUGACGGACACGGAGACUACAGACCUCAUAGAAAAUGUCUCCAUAUACAGAAUCUCGUACUGCACAGCAGAUAAAACUCAGGAUAAGGUCUUCGCAUAUGUCUCCCAGAGUCCCUUCAACGAGACCCUGGAGUGCCAUGCAUUUCUCUGCCAAAAGAAGAAGAUCGCUCAGGCUGUGACAUUAACGGUGGCCCAGGCCUUUAAAGUAGCCCUCGAUCUGUGGGAGGUCGCGCAGGAAGACAAAAACAAAAAAGCCAGGACCUGCUGUUCUUGCGCAGCCAGCAAAGGGCAAACACAGACGACCGACACUCAGUGUGUUCCUGCAGAUCCAGAGGAGGCAUGCAAGCCCGUCGGGUUGGAGGAGAAGCUCCGGAGGCCCUUCUUCUCGGCUUUACUCAGCUCGCCGUCGCCUCGCAGCAACCCCUCUCGGAGGCGACCAAUCAAACACGACUCUUGGGACGUGGAUGAUGGCCUCGAUGAUGCGUUCUCAAGUAACAUGGAAGUAGAGGAGAUGGACACCGACUGGCCGAGUGCGGCUCCGAACCCGGCUCUAACGAUGCAGCUCUGAGUCCCCGGGACUGUUGUCUGUCUGCAACAACGACUUUUUGAAUAACACACGCUGAAAUAUAGCCGCCCAAUUUAGAAAGGAUUCCAAACUCAAAAAAAGGCCCACAUCACUUGAGACGAGGGGAGGCUCUGCUCUCCUGUGGCUGCUGCGGAGAAGUCCGAAUGGAUGCCCUGAUGUUAUAAACUGCCAGUCGACCCCCCACUCGGUGUAAACAGACAUCUCCCACCAUCUUCCUACUCUCUCAAACUGCCGGAUGACACACAACAAUGUGCACGAAUGACAUAUCUCUAGGUUGUGAGAAGAUGGGAGUCUCUGUCUUUUUUUCAAUCUGAACUUGUAAAAACACUUUCAACGACACUCGGAUAAGUGGAAUUUGGAUGAAGAUAUUCUCGGCUUCAAGUGGUUUAGACAUGCGUGCACAUAAAAGGCGCGUGUCAUCUCUUUCUAUCAAAUGUGAAAGCUCUGAUCUCGUCGCUUGCUCAACAAAGUAACAUCUGCCAGUCUCAGUCGUCACUGGAAGCAACGCUGGCACACAUCUUCAGUCAUGAUGUUUUAUGCUUUAUGUAUUCAUCAUUCAGGUUCUUUGAAUAAUUAAACGGCAUGUGAUAAAGUCAACACGGGCCACCUUUACCCCAUAUGUCAUCUUUUUAUUGUUUGGAACAUAAAUGUGUCUUAAAGAAAUGACCAGAAUCCACCUUGGAAAUAAGAGGCAUACAUGUGACAUUUACGGAUUGUGAUGCAGUGUUUAUAUUUAACAACCAUCACAUCAAACACAGGCAUCAAACACGGGACUGCUGCUUACUUUGGGUAUCCAGGACUUUCAAUUAACAUAUCUUGGCCUUCUUCAGCAGAUUAUUUGCUCAGUUGUCGUAAAGAUAGUUUAGUGGUGGUCAUAUGCAUCGGGGUGGUGGGAACUAAAUAAGUAAUGAAUGAUCUAUUAGGUUGCGUUAAAACAAACUAAUCAAUCACCAUGACAACAGAGCAACUGUAUCUGCUGACGAAGGCUAUAUUUAGAUGUUGCUAAAAUAGUGUCACGCACUUACGGUCUCAGCAGUGCAUCCAAUAAACUAGAGCUGAGGGUCAACAGCAAUGCACUUGGCAAACAGCUAAAGUCUGGCAUGGUGGUACCUGAGUGAUUUAGUAUUGCACUUCCAUAAUGUGAUAUUUAUCAGAAGAAUGAUCCAAACGGAUCAUCAAAAAGCAGCUGAGGCCAAGAUGUCCUCCCCUGUUGUCCCUUCUAUGGGCUCCAAACCCACUGGAUCCUACAUAUUUCACAAUGCAGUUCGGUCUGUUAUGAGACAGAUGACGAGCUUCACGCUCCCCGCUUGUAAGACGGGCUGUGAGUCGACAUGAAGAUGCUCCUGACGACAUCACUAUGACAUCACCAGGGCUAUGUUCCCUGACUUGAGAGCUAAGAUGUAAUAAAACUGUUGUCACAGUCUUCGAAUAGUACCAAUCAACUGACCUUGGUGUGUAAAAUCAAUGGAGGGCCUUUUUGAGGUAAACGCAUCUUAACCCUCCUGUUGCCUUCGGGUCAAUAUGACCCGAUUCAAUGUUUAACCAUCCUGUUACCUUUAUAUUUACUGAUAUAUUUUACCCUUGCGGUCAAUAUGACCCCAGCUAUUAAAAUCUCCAGAAAAUUAUUAGAAUUAAUAUUGUUUUCCAAGUUUAAGUGUGAGGUACUUUAUGUUUGUUUGUUGACUCCCGAAAGAACACCGACAUUAAACAUUGAAUCGGGUCAAAUUGACCCGAAGGCGGCAGGAGGGUUAAAUAUUGAAUCGGGUCAAAUUGACCCGAAGGCAACAGGAGGGUUAAUGUGGUUUAGAAAAUGUGGAAUCCUCCAAAACACACACAGAGAAACCACCGUACUAUUGUGAGGAAUGUGUAUCGUCAGUGAUCAGAACUGAUAUUCUGUAUUCCUAUGUGCUUGCUUGCUUGCUUUAUGUUAACAAUGUCAAUAUAUGGUGUUUGCAAUGUACAGAAGACACAGCACAACCGCACACCUUUCUCCCUCAGAGACAUGUGGACUUUCCUCUCGACAAUAUUUUCACCGCUGUCUAUAUGAAUAUGGCUUAUGUGACCAAAAUACUGUUUUACAUACAUACUUCUCCUCAGCUGCCACUCAACGUAAAUAUGUUACUGUUAAAACAUAGCGAUGAUGUAAGGUUAAGAGGACAGGUGUGUGGCCAAGUUAAUAGAGUAAAGAAACUUAUUUCCUUAUUCUGUAUUUUUUCAAUGUCAAAGCUGUGUAAUGUAUGUAUGCAUAUGGUAUCAUGAUAGAAGAAGUAGGAUGAAUAGAUUCAGGGCGUCACAAAGGUUGUUUGUAAUAAUUAUCAUGUGAAUGUGUAGAUGCCUGUAUGUUUUGCUUUAGGUUAGACAAUUUGUACAAAUAUAAUCGUAUGUGGAUUUUAUGCUUUAUUUUUUCAAUAUAGCCAUCGGUAACCCAUGGACAGUAUUUAAUUAUUAAGUCAAAAUCCUGUCCUCAAUUGAACUGCAGUCCGUGCCACAAAACACGUCCUUCGUCCCAAAAUCUUCGUGUAUAUGAAUUAUUGCUCUGCUGGGACUCAGCGAAUUAAUUUUUUCCGAUGACUUUCAGAUGUCGUUGGCUGUCGGGAGGAUAUUCUACUUUUCCCCAGUCCGUCUGAAGUUGUCCUUCUCUCUGUAUUCAUGGCAUCAUGACUGAGGCGGAGGCAGCGGGGGCUCAGUGUCGUUGUCAUGACACCUGCUGCUGAAUGAUUGGAUGGUUUUAUCAUGUCACGCCAUGAAGCUAAAUUGCAUUGUUUCGUUCCCGACUUGCUCAAAUAACGCCUCCAUUACAUCUUUAAAAGUGAGCUCUUUACGGCUUUGGCCGUCAUAAAAAGAUCUGGAAGAUUCGUGGAGCCAUGUUUGCAUUUUAGUCUCGUUUAUACAGAGCGCACCGUCAAAAUGCAACGUUGUCAUCUCGGCCUUACCUUUCUCAUCUUUCCACACAUAUAGACUUUUUUUUUUCUCACAUUUUCUCACCUUCUCAGCUCCAUCAUUGACUGAUUCAUGUGCGGGUGCUUCAGUAUCAGCUGAUUCAGCGCUUUUGAGGGAUAUUUGGAGAUGGGCUGCUGUCCAGGGCUCAAUAAUGAUUUUCAAUGACGACGACCAACCAACAGAGUUUUAACCACAUUUACGAAAAGGACAACAUCUAGAGUUGCUUCUGCCCAAGCGGCAUAGUUAUCCAAUGCAGAGACCUAUACGGGGCACGGAUAUAGUCUCCACCCAGACUUUACCCUUUCUAAAUAGAUUUUCAUGGAAUAAUAUCAGUGUGAUAUGAUUAUAUGUUGCAGCCAAAUUCCCCCUGGGUUAUUAUGUAGAAUAGAUAAAUGUAUACAUUGCAUCAUGGAGGGAAUUGAUCUGCUGGACUAAAUAGUUUUCUUUCAUGUAUCCAGUAUUCUGUGCACAGCACACUGAGACCCAGCGGGGGAGGGGGGGGCAGACCGACCCACUCUUGGAGGUAUAACAUGCCACUUUGAGUACGGAGUGCACUGAAUACAGAUCAGACGGAAGGCUUGAGGCCAGAACAUAUUUCAGGCUUUCAGAAAACUUUCAGAAAAGCUAUCGUUGCCCAGUGAACCUGAGAUGUUUACAGUAUCAGUUUACUUUUCAAAGAAGGUGCUUCAUUUCUAUCUAUGCAAUUAGUGGGUUUUCAAUAGUGUUGUGUUGAUAUGAUAACAGCAAUUGUGUUUAUAAACCACAAGCAGUUGUCGUAAACUGUGUUAAAAAAAAACGAUUCAAAAGUGUACAGCGUUUGGAAACUGUUGUGGUUUGUUACCGACUUCUGCAUAAUAAAAUACUUUGUACAAAUACUU